UUGCCAAAGCUCCUUAGUAUAAAAGUCGGUUAAACAGGCUAACAGCUCGCAAUCAAAGCUGUGCUGUCGUACGCAUCACACACAAAUACACUAAAACUCAGCAACAAGAGCAGCUCAACAAGACAAGACAACAACAACUGGUCAAAAUGAAAGCUUCGUUGGCCAUAUUGAUAGUGUGUGUGUUUGCCGGCUUGGCAGCUGCCGGUCCCCAGAAGGAAUACACCAACAAGUUCGACAACGUCAAUGUCGACGAAGUUCUGAGCAAUAGACGCAUCCUGAGCAACUAUAUCAAGUGCCUGUUGGAGACGGGAGCCUGCACCCCAGAGGGACGCGAACUGAAGCGCCUGUUGCCCGAUGCCCUCCAGUCCGACUGCUCCAAGUGCACCGACGUGCAGCGUCGCAAUUCCAACAAGGUGAUCAAUUACCUGCGCGCCAAUAAUGCCGGUGACUGGAAGAAGCUGCUCGACAAAUACGACUCGAAGGGCGUCUACAGAUCCAAGUACGAGAAGCAUUAAACUUAAGCUUAAACUUAAACAACAAACAAAAAACAGAGCAACAGCAAAAGAUAUUAACUAAAACAUCCUAAAUGUACUCGUUAUUUAAAACUACACAAUAAACAAUUGCAUUUUCUGUAUCUAUCUCAUACCUA